UAUUAUGACCGCUAUUACGAGAUCUUCGCAAAUGUUAACAAUAAGUUUGACAGCAAUUUCAGUGCAAAUAACGGCAGACAAUCGGAUGGCAAUAGCGGUGACCAAAACGAUGGCAAGGGAUCUAAAGGUGGAUCCAAUUCAAACCCCUCAUUCAAAAGUGAAUGUAAAUAUCAUUUACUGACUGUAAGACUGUUGGAGAAAAUCGGUGUAAUUGGUGCGGCGAUUGUCGUGGGCUUACAUUUUGAGCCACCUUUGCAUAGAAGAUAUGGCAUUGCAUUGCAUGGAAGACAUCGGUUCAGUAGGCGUUGCACCCGAUUGGACACAACAGCAAACAAAGAUGAAAAGUCUUGGAAAAGCAAAUUUUGUGGAAAUUGUAGAGAUUGUACUCUAUUUCUAUCCAAAUUCGCUGUCUUUUCGGCACCGAUUGGAGAUAAUUAUAUUUUCGAUAAAACCACAAAUGGGGCCAUAGAUUACCCUAAGAUUGUCAUCUCAGUGGCAGAUGAAGACAACUGUUUGUCUGAUCCCAUCUCUCAGAGCAUCGCAGUUAAGAAAUUGGAUAAGAAAUUGGAAGCGAAGCCCAAAUUUGAUCCAAUCGACGCUAUUUGUCGAGACUUAGAAAAGGCGUCCAUUCAAUACGUGGAUAAACUGAAUACUAUGUUUGGGCUUUCGCUCAUUGAUUCAAAUCCUGAAGAAGCGAUGAAGUGUUGGUCAUCCACUCAUUCGAGUUCAAAGGCAUUGUUCAAUAUGGGAGUGGCCUUCGAGAGCGGUCGCCACUCUUCCACCGGUACCCCUGAUCUCAAGAAAGCGUACGAAUGCUAUAAAGCGUCGGCAGAAUUGGGUCACAAGAGGGCCGCCUAUAACCAGUCGCUCUUCCAUUUGCAAGGAAAGGGAGGCAUCGCUAUAAACCUGAACAAAGCCGAAGUACUUCUUAGACUCGCUGCCGAAUCGGGUGUCAAACCGGCCGUUAAUUACAUCCAAUUGUUGGAUGUGAAAAGAGCCCAAACAAAGCCCACAAACUUUAUGAGUCCCGUGCCGUCGCUAAUAGGGUUCAGUAGUUUAUGCGAGAAUUCAUAUGUGGCCGGGAUAGAUUGUUGUCAACCGUUGGGUCUGAUUGACGGCCGGAUACACGACUGGCAACUGAGCGCGUCUUCCAAUUACAAUAGAGAUCCCAAUUGUAACGUAAAGUAUGCGAGAAUUCAUAUGUGGCCGGGAAGGGGAUGGUGUGCCGACACCAACAAAACCAAUCAUUACCUUCAGAUAGACUUAGGCUUCGAAACGGCCAUCAAUGGUAUCAUCACUCAGGGACGAGCCGACGGCAAGUCUUGGGUCAAACACUACUAUUUGCUGUUCAGUAAUGAUGCGAACGAAUGGACGUAUUAUAACGACAGACACAGAAUUCUGGGAAAUAAAGACUCGCAUUCAUUGCAAUACUAUUUUCUCACAAAUUUAAUAAUCACACGAUUUAUUCGCAUCGAAAUCAUUGGAUGGCAUAACCAUCCGGGGCUUCGCGUGGAACUGCUCGGGUGUCGAAAGUGUGAUUCCGUAAUCAAUUAUCUGCCGCGAAGUGUUUAUAAGGCGUCGAGUGCUCGCAAUUGGCCACAAGACGCCUACUGUUCGCCCGAAGACGCCUAUAUCGACGGUUCGAUGGGAUGGUGUGCCAAAUGGAAUAACCAGCACCAGUGGAUUACCAUUGAUUUGGGUCCGCCCGCUAUGAUUGUCGGCGUUAUCACUCGUGGAAGCGGCGCUCCCUUUCGCAGACAUUGGGUCACUUCGUACUCCAUCUCCUAUUCCAAUGAUUCUCUUCGUUGGACUUAUUAUAAAGAAGACUCAAAUUUGACAAAAGUUAAAAAAUUUGACGCAAAUAUGGAUAAAGAGACAAAACGGUGGCAUUAUUUCGGUAAUCCUAUUAUCGCGCGAUUCAUUCGCUUCAAUCCCAUCACAUGGAAGACCAGAAUCGCGAUGAGAAUCGGUGUCAUCGGAUGUCUUAUAGACGGGUUCUGUCCGAACGGCUUCUUCCGAAUCAAUAAUAACAGCGAAUGCGUGCCAAACCUCUCCUAUCAUCGGAACACAUGGAUCAACGAUAAGAGGCAUUCGUGGACUAACUGGGAGUUCGGGAAUUCAAACUAUGCGGUCGAUGGGGACGGAGAUUAUGAACAGUCUAUGCAGAAGUGCGCUCUACUGGACAACUACUUUGUCGAGACACCGGUUUGGAUGGUAGACCUGACAGAGACUGUGGCCAUCCAUGGCGUAGUAAUAGUCUCGUGGCCUCAACACUACAUCCAGAACCACAUCCAAAAGUUGACCAUUGCUUUUGACAAAAACGCCAAAUUCAUUACUAAUACUAAUCAAAUUACUGUGAAUGUGAUUAAAUCGGGAUCUAUAAAAGUGCACGUUUCCAACUGCCGGUCCGAACAGUUGACCAAAAAUAAAUAUUAUUUGAUCGCAUAUAAGGCCAGUAGAGAUGGCCGAAGAAAUGAGACAGAAAUCCGUAAAACGAUUCAGGAAUCGUAUAGAUUGGGCAAAAAGUCGUCCCCUUUAUUGGUUUGGACGCCAAUGAAUAUAACGACCAAAUUAUCUGAUUUGGAUUCCAGAUAUAAAUACAUAUUAGGCAUAGUAUUACCCGAUGACGAUCGCGUUGAUGAUCGAGAUAUAUAUCUCGAUCCCAAUGAAACUAUUGGUUAUGACCAGUCGUACCGGACCUCUACCCUAUCGUUUGGGUCAUUUCACGAACAAGAAUUUCAAAUCAAAUCGCAUCCAAUUGAUCUUGGUGAAUUGAGCGAUACCGUACCGCUCAUGAUCGAGAACGGCAUCCUUAAGCAGGAGUUUCUCAGUGUGUUUAGGGGACAACUCAUGAAAUGGGAUUACGGGAAACAAGUGCACCACAAGCCCAAGAAUCGGUACGGAAACCUAUUGCCGUACGACCACUCCAGGGUUGUGCUCGACACUCAAGACAACGAUAUGAACACCGAUUACAUUAACGCUAACUUUGUGGACGGCUAUAAGUGCCCGAAUCGCUAUGUGGCCACUCAGGGACCCCUUCCCAACACAAUCAACGAUAUGUGGCGAAUGAUCUGGCAGUUGGACUGCCAUCAGAUUGUGAUGCUUACCAGUCUUGAUGAGGGGGGAAAGAAUAAAUGCGAUAAGUAUUGGACGGAACAGACAUCCAUUUACGGCACUAUAAAAGUCAGUUUAACCAAAACAGAGAUAUUCGCCGAUUAUAUCAUUCGCUCAUUUAUUGCGGAAAAGGAAGGAGUUGAGCGCGAAAUAUUACAAUACCAUUUCAUCUCAUGGCCCGACCACACGGUUCCCAUGUAUUCCUGUUCUUUGCUCACAUUUAUUAACAAAAUGCGGUCUUCAGUGCACUAUAAACCGUCGCAACCGAUUGUAGUGCACUGUUCGGCGGGCGUCGGCCGCACCGGCACUUUCAUACUGAUUGACGCGAUGCUGGAAAUGGCUAAAAAUAGCAAACAAAUCGAUGUAUUGAAACAUUUCUGUGUUAUAAGACAACAGCGGAUCAAUUUGGUGGAGAAGUUGGGUCAGUAUGUGUUCGUACAUCAGGCCCUUCUCGAGGCCCUCUCACACGAGCCCACGAGCAUCGCAUGCAAUGACUUUAAUAAUUACUUCACGAAACUUAUUAAUUAUGACAAUAACACUAAAUCAGUGCCACUAUUCAAACAAUUUCAGAUUCUCAACAAACUAUCGCCACAAGCGAUGAACCCAGAGCUGUGUCAGAGCGCGAAAGCACAUCCGCACCUCAACAGAAGCCAAGAUAUUAUUCCUCCCGACUUCGCGCGGGUUAUUCUCCCGGGAAGUGACGACUAUAUAAAUGCCGUUUAUAUAAAUGGCUAUAAACGACGCGACGCUUAUAUCGUAACACAAGUGCCGGUAGAGACGAGUAGAUCCCACUUCUGGCAGAUGAUAGCAUCCACUUCUUCCAAAACCAUUGUCCUCCUCAAUGACAUCAAACAAGACAACCUAAUUUAUUGGCCGACAAUGAGUAACAAACAGUUGGACUUCAAUGAUAACAAACUGACCAUUCAGUUGGUCAGCGAAGAGCAUCACAAUAACGUGACGAUCCGUGUGUUUCAUUUGCCGCAAAGCGACACAACAGUCAAACAGUUUCAUCUGAAGGGUUGGUCAUCGGUGGCCAAUAGGCCGUCGCCGCAGAUAGUGAUCGAUUUGCUGGAAAUGACUGAACAGUGGAACCUUCAGUCCAACUCCAAUAGCAUUGUCGUCCAGUGUUUCGACGGCAAUCACGCGAGUGGUGUCUUCUGUGCGACCAGUUUUGAAUGCGAUCGCAUCAAAGAGGAACAGGAGGUCGACGUCUUCCUUGCCGUUCAGACGGUCCGCACCAAUAGACCCCAAUUCAUCACUGAUUUGGAUCAGUACAAGUUUUUGCACCAAUUGGCCAUUAGUUAUCUGCAAUACUUUGACACUUAUGCCAACUUCAAGUGAUGAUCGCCUUCUCAGUUGAUUCGUUGCAUUUUUUGUGGCACCAAAUAAUUCAACAAUUCAUUUGGUC